UAUUAUUCCAAAAGUGGUAAUAUAAAAGGGGGUGGGCGAUUGUUACUCAUUGUGCCGUGGUGUAAAUGUGUAUUUUUAGGGUCACAACAAUGGGCCGUGAGCGACGACGAUACAUCAACACCAUCGUUUUUAUAUGGAUUGCAGACAUACACCCUUCCGGGCCACGACCACGACGAACUGCAGAAGCUUGUAGUACACAACAGCAAAAAGCAGGCGUCGAUCACAGCGAUCAUCCAGGUCGCCGACAAGGACAGUAUUAAAUCACAGCUGAACGCCCUCUUGGCACAAUCAAUGAGUAUCGACGAAAUCGCACUUGUAUGUCCAUCGUCGCUACGAGCCAGUGCAGAGUAUCAUGCACGGAAACAUGCAACAACGACAAUCCGUGUCUUGGUCGCUGAUCCACUGCCUUCAACGGAUGACCUGCUGGCUACUAGCGCUGGUCGCUCGAGCUGGCUCCAAGUCAUCGACACGAUUGCAUCCGACUUUGUAUUCGUGCUCGACGAGAACGUUGUGCCUGGCCCACACUACUUGCAAUACAUUCACGGACUGAUGCAUACGGACGAAUACCGCAAUGCAUUGUUGGGCAGCCACGGCAUGCUGCUGCCAGCCAGUCUGAACAGCAAAUUCGACCCAGCUUCCCAUAUUCUGUGCCUUCCCAACACCAUCUUGCCGUCUGUAACACAACCCGUGGAUCUGCUGCAGGGCGCAUGGUUGCUUCGAAAAGCGUGGCUACCCUUCCUUGCCAUGGAGACAGACUUGGCAGCACCUUUGUCGUACUAUAUCAGUCAAACGCUUCAUCAGCAUGCCAACGUACCGUCUAUUCUCAUCCCACCCCAUUCGGACCAAGAAUAUCAACUCGAUCUGAACAAGGAUCAGUGUAAGGAGGUCGAGACGGCCUAUCGCGAAAAUGGCGCUUGGCAACAGCUGCUUAAUAGACGCCAGCAUCCCACGUGCCUCGACUAUCGACAAACAACGCUCAUGCAGCUCGACACCGUCCUGUUCUUUGCAGACGGACCAGAACAAAUGAUCGAGUUGCAUCCCUUGGUGUGUCGCUACACUACCCCUGUGCAUCUGGUCGUUACCGGCAAAGAGCGAGGACUUGAUGGUGUGGCGCUUGACGCGGCCUUGUAUGAAUCAGGAUGUUUGAAUGCGGAUAAUGUGAUUGUGCACGAUUUGGCCCUGCCUGUUGCAGACGAGUUGGCGGUUGCAUCCAUGGCAGCGCAAGGUGUGGUUCGGUUGAUUCAAGUGCUGCAGCCGCAAGCACUGGUCCAUAUUCGUCAGGACAAGCCUACUUUCCAUGUCAUGGAUGCCAUGAUGCAGGCACAAGAUACCACUGUGACGAUCGGCCUUCCAAUUGGAGAUGUGCGUCAUGCACUUUGGAUUGCAGAUUUGCCUAUAGACGCUUUGAAGCAUUGGAACGACAUUGAUGUGGAUAUCGUGGUGAUCACGGAUAGACGGCCUCAUUCACUCUCGCGCUUGUUACAAUCGGCCAGUCGGGCACAUUAUCUGGGCGAUGCUGUCAACCUCAAGAUACAUCUGGAACAAUCAUCUGAUCGUGUGACCCGAAUGCUUGUCAACGGAUUUAGGUGGCAACACGGUCAAAAGACCAUGCGCCACCGCAUCCGAAAAGGCGGGUUGAUGCCCGCUAUUGUUGAGUCGUGGUACCCAUCCAGCGACCACAAUUAUGCUGUGUUACUGGAAGACGACAUUGAAGUGUCACCCUACUACUAUGUCUGGGCCAAGUACAGCAUCCUCCAAUACCGCUACAGCGACGCCAGCCAUGAAGCCCGUCAGUUCAUGUAUGGCAUCAGUUUAUACUCGCCGCGCCACUUGGAGCUUUUGCCGCAAGGCCGACGUCCGUUCGAUCCUGUGACAGCCAUUGGCGACGACUACGAUACGCGCGUGCCGUACUUGACGCAGGUCCCAUGCAGCUGGGGUGCAGUCUAUUUCCCAGAACAUUGGCGCGAGUUCCACGGCUAUUUAACAAGCCGCAUGGAAGAUUUGCGACAAGACCAACUGCUCAACAUCACCGUUCCGGGGAGUCGCUCUGAACGAUGGAAGAAAUCCUGGAAAAAGUACUUUAUCGAGCUCGUUUAUCUGCGAUCCUACGUCAUGCUCUACCCAAACUUUCAAAUGUUCGAAUCGUUCUCCACCAACCACUUGGAGUUUGGCACACACGUUAAAAAGGGACGCAGCCAUGCCCUGGACGAAUUCUUGGUACCCCUGAUGCAACGCGACACGAUUCUCAGCCAAUUGCCAGGCAAGCAGCUGCCGACCUUUGCUGAUCUUCCCAUCUUGAAUCUGUGGGGCCAACGCGUCACCUUGGAUGGACUGGAAAAAGUUGCGUCCAAUUGGCACACGAACGUAUCUGCUUGCGAGCGCAUGACAGGUCGAUUUGACCCACAGGACCUGCUCUGUCCGUUUGUGCGUCAUCGACACGGGAAAAAGGUGAAAAUUGGCGGUAAGAAAAACUCUGGCGAAAUCGAAUAUGUCGAGCCUGUUGAAUAUGUUACCGUGGCUGCUGGAGAAGCGACAGCGAUCGAAGGUAGCGAUAAUGACGAACAGCAGCAGCAGCAGCAAGAGCAGCAAGAGCAAGAACAAGAGGAUGAGCUCUGGACAGAAAAUGAAGCAUAUCUGCCAGUGCCUAUCGAUGUCUCACAAAUGUCAUCGCCCGAAGCAGACCACCAGAGCGAAGAUGACGAGCUGAUGGAUGUGGAGAGGGACAUUGAGACACUGAAUAGCCUGUACUAUCACCUACACCCAGAGCAAUUGCACGAGAGCAGUAGCAGUAGUGGUCUCGCAGCAGAAGACUGAUAACACAAUGCUCUUUCCUUCCUACCUUCCUACCUACCUACCUACCCACCUACCUCAUGUCACCUCACGUCGCCUCACCUUGAACCUUGAACCUAACUUACUGCCGCGCCCUAUAUUUAUUAAUUUUUUCGCAUCUCAUAUUAUAUACAUUUUUUUUUCAUCCCGUCUCACCAACCACAUAUACUAACUACCUACUCACACACCUUUUCCCGCUGAUUCAUCCUCCCCACACCCCCCAAACGACCUGUAAUAUUUACCCUCUUGUUUCCCUUUUGCUCGCAUACUUGUGUUUCAUUUGUAUUUUUAAUUUGUUAAAGUAAUAGAAUUGUCUGACCUCUAUCUUAUAAUAAGC